AUGCGCAUGCUUCGAGAUCCAUCUUUUUCCUCUCCGUUAAUUCGAAAGUUGCCCAACUCGCUUGCUAUGGCGCAGUUCCGAGCGAAGAAGCUCGACCUCGGCGGCUUUAUCAAUAUCAAAAUCAUCCGCGACCACACCAAGCGGAAGGUCUACGAGCGAUUUGAGCCUCAAAGACAAGCACUUCGUUACAUUAUCCGCAACACAUCUUUGCCGCAGCGAAUGCGGACACAGGCUCAGUUAGAACUGGCGCAAAUGCACUGCUACACGCGACGGACGCAGAUCAAAAACCGAUGUGUGAUGGGUGGUUUAGCGAGAGGUGUCUUCCGAGCGUUUAGGAUGGGUCGUUUCCAAUUCCGUAUGAAUGCAUUGGAAGGCAACUUGCCUGGUGUCAAGAAAGCGAGCUGGUGA